UCUACAACAGCAUCUUGUCCUUGGCGCAUGCCGAGACAGCGGCGACUGUACCGUCUCAUUCUCCUUCGCGGAUAUAUAGGCUCAUGCACGCUCUGCUCGCUCGGCACCACCCUCGCCCCGCUUCAUACUUCUCUUUUGGGUGCUGGAGUUUGUUGUCGCUCGCUGGUGGCGAGCGCUAUCCUGAAGCUACCAGAAUUGUGGGUUCCUGAUUGACGGGUUUCAUUGAAUCUUGGUCCUGUGGUAGGUCUGCUGUAGUUGAUCAGUUUCGUAGAGAGUCGUUGUUCGACGGUGGAGAGGUGUUGAUGUUGAGGGGGUUUUGAUGCCGACUGAGCUCGGUUGACCUGCUUGGAUGCUGGUGUAGCGAAGUCCUCGUGAACAUGGAAGGGGGUAAGGUCCGACAUAACCCGCUCUAUGCGCCGCAGGAGGGCCUUGAAUUUGGCGGAAACGCUACAAAUAAUGUCGCAGUAUCGGCGGAUCCUCCCGCCAGCAAGGUUGUCAAUGAUAUGGAGGGUGAGGAGAAGAGCAGCGGUUACGUCUUGGCGUUCUGGCGCCUCUUUCAGUGCGCCGAUGGAAUAGAUAUUCUGCUGAUGAUUUUUGGGACUCUUGGAGCGAUGGUCAAUGGGCUGACGCUGCCAGCCAUGCUGAUUAUCCAAGGCAGGUUGAUCAAUACCUUCGGGAACUUACAAGACUCGCCCGAGCUCAUCUAUGAUAGUAUCAAGAAGUUUUCUUUGUACUUCGUGUACACUGCGGUUGUGGGAUGGGUCUCUGCCUACUUAGAGGUGAGCUGUUGGAUGUGCACGGGGGAGCGACAGUCAGGUCGCAUUCGCGCCAAGUAUUUGCGUGCGAUAUUGCGCCAAGAAGUUGCGUACUUUGAAAGAACUCAAAGCAGCACCGCCGAAGUGGUGAACAAUGUGUCGGCUGAUACUUUGCUGGUGCAAGGAGCGAUGAGCGAGAAGGUUGGCAACUUCAUUCAGAACAUUACACACUUCGCAGGUAGCUACGUCGUUGCAUACGUGCAAGUAUGGCGAGUGGCACUCGCGGCAACCCCGUUUGUCCCUCUGCUUCUGAUUCCGGGAGCUUUCUACAACCGCGCGGUGACAAGCCUUGCGGGUCGAAUGCAGGCGGCUUACAAUAAGGCGGGAGCCGUCGCCGAAGAAUCCAUCUCGUCAGUUCGGACAGUGUAUUCAUUCGUUGGUGAGACAAAAGUGGUCUCAUCGUAUUCCAAUUCUCUAGAUGAGACUGUGAAGCUGGGAAUCAAACAGGGGCUGGCCAAGGGCUUCGCUAUGGGCUCUGUGGGAAUCAAUUUUGCCAUCUGGGCGUUCGUGGGAUGGUACGGGAGUGAGCAGGUCUUGGCUGGUCGGGCAGAUGGUGGCAACAUUUUGACGACUGGAAUAGCUAUCAUUUCGGGUGGAUUAGCUCUAGGGAACGCGAUGCCAAAUUUCAAAUCGUUUGCAGAAGGUUGUUCAGCUGCUUCGCGCAUCUUCGCUCUUAUACGCAGGGUUCCACCAAUCGACGCGGACGAUACUACCAGGGAGACCUUGGAUAAAGUUACAGGCGAUCUCGAACUGCGGAACGUUGACUUCUCGUAUCCGUCUCGCAGAGAUGUACCUAUUUUUCAGAAUUUCAGUCUACAGAUACCAGCUGGCAAAACAGUAGCUCUUGUCGGCCAAAGUGGGUCCGGCAAAUCAACGGUCCUUGCGCUACUGGAACGGUUUUACGACCCUCUCGCUGGAGAAGUUCUUAUUGACGAUGUAAACAUCAAAGGUUUGCAGCUUAAGUGGCUCCGGCGCCAGAUUGGUUUGGUGAGUCAGGAGCCCGCCCUUUUUGCCACUUCGAUAAAGGAGAACAUUUUGUAUGGUAAAGAUGGGGCGUCAGAAGAAGAAAUCGUGGAAGCAGCGAAAUCGGCUAAUGCUUUCAAUUUUAUUACUCAAUUACCGCGGGGCUUCGAUACUCAGGUUGGAGAGAGAGGAGUUCAAAUGUCGGGUGGCCAAAAGCAGCGUAUCGCCAUAGCCCGAGCAUUGCUCAAAAACCCCCCCGUAAUGUUGCUAGACGAGGCAACCAGUGCAUUGGAUGCCGAGUCGGAGAAGGUGGUGCAAGCAGCCCUUGAAAGAGCUGCCGAGGGACGCACCACUGUCGUUGUUGCGCAUCGUCUUUCUACAAUCCGUAAUGCAGAUUUGAUUGCCGUUAUACAAUAUGGGAAGGUAAUAGAAAUGGGGACUCACAACGAGCUCUUGGCUAAAGGCGAGCAAGGUGCUUUCGCCGCUCUCGUGCAGUUACAACAGGCUCACCAGGAAGCAGAAGCAGAAGCAGAUGACGAAACUGUCAUUGCAGAUUCAAAAGUCGUGCUGGCUCGGAGCCAUAGUUCCUCUCUCCAGAAGCGAAGUAUCUCUUCAGGCCGGAAAUCAUUCGACGAAGUCAGACUGAGCCACUCGAAGAGCCGAGAUGGUAUAUCAAGUAAUUUGGUCCUUGGAGGAGACAAAUCGAAGGUGAAGCCUCAGAUGCCGUCGUUUCGUAGACUGCUUGCGCUUAACCGGCCGGAGUGGAGACAAGCGUUGCUGGGGCUAACAGGGGCUAUUGCAUUUGGGUUCGUGCAACCCUUUUAUGCGUAUUGUCUUGGUGGCAUGAUGGCCGUCUUCUACACACCAGACCGAAAUAAACUGAGGCACGAUGUUAAGGUCUAUGCAGGGGUAUUUUGCGGUCUCGCAGUUGCUGCCUUCGUUGUGAAUACUCUCCAGCAUUACAAUUUCGCUACUAUGGGUGAAUAUCUUACCAAGAGGGUCCGUGUGAGAAUGUUGACGAACAUUCUACGGUUUGAGGUUGGCUGGUAUGACCGAGACGAAAAUGCAAGCGGGGCGGUCUGCUCUCGUCUCGCCUCGGAUUCCAACAUGGUGAGGGCUUUAGUGGGAGAUAGAAUCUCAUUAAUAGUACAGACUGCCAGUGCAAUUCUUGUGAGUUUUGGCAUUGGUUUGAGUUUGUCGUGGAAGCUGGCGUUAGUUGUAAUGUCCAUACAGCCCACCAUCAUCCUGUCUUUAUACGUUAAGAAAAUUCUUCUCACGGGGUUCGCGAAGCAGACGGCUAAGGCUCAGCACGAAGGAGCACAAGUUGCAAGUGAAGCUGUGUCACAACAUCGCACUGUCACUGCUUUCUCUUCCCAAGAUAAGGUGCUGGCACUCUUCGAAUCGAAAUUGGUGGGACCUAAGAAGGAGGCUUUCAAGAGGGCCCAAGUAGCUGGGCUUGGGCUAGGCGCUGCAAAUUUCUUUUUAUAUGCUUCGUGGGGACUAGACUACUGGUACGGUGGAAAAUUAGCUGGGGCGGGUGAAGUUUCUUUCUCAGAAGUGUUGAAGACCUUCUUCGUGCUCGUCAGUACUGGUCGAGUGUUAGCAGAGGCUGGUGCCCUUGCUCCUGACCUUGCCAAGGGCUCACAAGCUAUUGCCUCGGUGUUUAACAUCCUUGAUCGCGACACGGAAAUUAACGCUGACAACAAAACAGCUGAGAAAGUGGACAAGGUGGAAGGUCACAUUGAGAUGAAAAACAUUCAUUUCUCUUAUCCCGCUCGACCCGAUGUGAUAAUUUUCAAGAACUUCAAUCUCUCAGUUCGUGCUGGCCAGACGGUGGCCAUGGUUGGCCAGAGCGGGAGCGGGAAGAGCACCAUAAUCGGGCUAAUUGAGAGAUUCUACGAUCCCAUUAAAGGCAAAGUGCUCAUCGACGGGAGAGAUAUCAAGACCUUGCACUUGAAGUCUCUGCGGCGACAUAUUGGACUUGUCAGCCAGGAACCUACACUCUUUGCUGGAACUCUCCGUGAGAAUAUUGCAUAUGCGAGGCCUGACGCUACGGAAGCUGAAAUAAUUGAAGCUGCUGUUGCUGCAAAUGCGCACAAUUUCAUAAGUGCUUUGCCGAAAGGAUACGACACGUUUGGGGGCGAACGGGGACUUCAACUGUCCGGCGGACAGAAGCAACGGAUUGCCAUUGCGCGUGCCAUUCUGAAAAAUCCUGCGAUUUUGCUUCUGGACGAAGCGACCAGUGCCUUAGACGCUGAAUCUGAGCGUGUUGUACAAGAUGCAUUGGAUCGGAUGAUGGUUGGCCGAACGACUGUGGUUGUUGCGCAUCGUUUAUCCACCAUAGCCUCUGCGGAUACGAUAGCUGUAAUGCAAGAUGGGAUAAUCCUGGAGCAAGGAUCACACGAGCAGCUAAUGAGCAAAGGUGAAGGCAGCGCUUACUUCUCUCUUGUCAAGCUCCAGGUAGGCUUGAAGUAAAAGAAACUGGCUGGAUGACUGGAAUCUACAGAAUCUAGUGCCGCAAUCCGCAUUCUGUGGAGAAACCCAAGGUGAAAGUUUAAGAGAGAAGGUCCGCAUUCCGUAGGAGUUUCUUGUCCUUGACGCGUCUAUUGAUAGCAGGGCCUCCUUUUUGCCUUAAGACUUAAUUGCAUGCUAAAAAGUAGGGAGAAUAAAGUGGCCGAUGGCAGUCGAUGUUCUUUCUGAGAGGCUGAAGAAAGAGAAAGAUGGGCUUUGGAGGUUUUAGACCUGUGAUAAGCUCAGAUGAAGCUUUCUAGUUCUCGUUAUAAUCUUAUUUCUUAAUGUUUUGUUCUUGUGAGCUUAGAGAAGUAUAACAAACUUUGUUACAGAAGUUUAUGCUUAAUUAUGACUUGCUUUGUUAUCGUUUGCUUAUUAGUAGAGUUUUUUGCAAGUGAAUCAUAAACUGCACGUGCAGAAUUUUAUUUUCCUGAGAA